UCGUGUAUCCUCAGAAACCAAUCAAAUACAAGCUCCAACAAAUUAUUUUUCCAUGCAAACAUUAGAUUCAUCAAUUCAAAAUCUAAUAAAAUCAUGGAAAAGAAGACAAAGAUGGUUGUUUCUUGUUACAACCUCAAACCAACAAGAAUAUUUGUUCAAUAGAGCAACAUGGCGAACACAAUUGGUCAAUUUCCUAGAAUCAACAAUAAUUCGCGCGAUUUCAAUAUCUUUACUUCUUGCCGAUCUCAUAAUCACGAUUCUUGAGCUAUCUUCUUCUCUAAUUUCAUGUAAACAAAAAGUGAACAUAGUAGAGGAAUUAUGGCUUCAUUGGAUUGGAAUUGGUAUUUUGAGUAUUAUUUCAAUGAAGAUAAUUGGUUUGUUGGUAGGGUUAGGUUUUUCAUUUUUCAAGCAUCCGGGAUAUGUUGUGGAUGGUGUUGUGGCAAUUGUCGCAUUGAUUAUGGAAGUUUUUAUGGAGAGGAGAGGGGGUGGUUUAUUGGUUGUGGUUAGUUUAUGGCGUGUGAUUAGAGUUGUGGAGAGUGUGUUUGAGUUAAGUGAUGAAGCUAUUGAAGCUCAAAUUGAAGGAAUAGUUUGUCAAUUUGAGGUACUUAAAGAUGAGAAUGUUAGGCUCUUGGAGAUUAUAAGUGAAAAAGAUAAGAUAAUUGAAAAGCUUAAGGAAGAAUUAGAUAAAUAUAUAUGAGGUAGAUAAGGAGAGAUGUUAAGCUUGUUAAAUUCUAUUUUAUCAGUUAUUUUACAACAAAAAUAGACUCUCUUUUUUUUUAUAUCACCACCGGUUUAGUUCGGUCCAGGAUCAGUUCUGAAAUCAAAUGGAUCGAACCGUAGUUCUCUCUAUCAAAUUCAGCAUCAAUCACCAC